AUGACUCGUGGGAAGGCGUUUCCAGCCUCGGCCGAUUACUUUGUUGAGCUUUUAUUGAGAUUUUCACUAGACAAUCAGAAGGGUUAUCUGGUGAGGCCCUUUAUCCCAGCUGGAACUGAGGCCCGAUUCGGCAUGAUGUUGAGGAUAACCUCGCCACAAAGCGUCAGCGCCGAUCUGGCCAAGAGGAUAAUGGCUCGCAAGGCAUCCAUCAAUUGGCCAAUCCUGCCCGCACCCCCACUGGUGGGGGCACGACGUGCAAUUCGAAGGCAGACGGGGAGUGUGCGAUGGGCGGACCCGCGUGACGCCAGCUGCAGCGCGUCGGACACGCCCGGACGACAUGCCGCGCCCCCCCCCCUAAAGCUCUGA